CAUGAGUAAACCAGGUCGCCUUAAUAGAAAAGACUUACCACCUUUACCUGUGAAAAUAUGCGAUGGCAAUAUUUUCCAAAGGUUAGUGAAAUGCUAUUAUUCCUUUAUAAAACCAGAACCAGCCAUGACGGGCACAUUUGUGGAGUAUGGUAGAUUUGUAUGGAUCCAUGAUCAGCUGUCCAUUACCGAACUUUUCCAGUCAGGGUCUUUUGGUAAAGGAGACUUAUCAAGGAGUGAACCUACAUGGCUUAUUAGAAAUAUACAGCAAAAUAAAGAAUCCUUAGAAGAAAUAACAGUCGAAAGAAGAAGAAGAAGAAGAAAUCAAAAAGUGUCAAAUAACGAAAACCUAUUGAAGGCGGAUCAAGUGCUGGACUUGACUUUACAUAAAGACGUUGAAACUUUUCAAUUAGAUUUAUAUGAAGCCUUUUUUUUAGUAUACGCAUUAAAUUCAUUAUUGAUUAAAAAUGCACAUCAGGAACCUUUAUCGAUUGGUGAUUGUUGGUCGUUAUUUUGUAAAUCAAACAAUUUAUUCCAUGUAAAUUACGUAGUAUACCAUUUCUAUAGGAGUCUUGGUUGGGUUCCUAGAAAUGGAUCAAAAUUCGGUGUUGAUUUUGUCUUAUACCAAUCAGGGCCUUCCUACAAGCAUGCGGAUUAUGCAGUAGUGGUUUUACCUAUUUUUCAAGAUAAAAUACCCACAAGAAAAAACUGGGAUUGGUUAUUGCGCUUAAAUCGCAUAUGCACUCAAGUGAAGAAGACAUUAAUAUUGUGCCAUGUAAAUAUUCCUCAUGAUAUUCAAAAUUUUAAUGAGUAUUCCAUUAGACAAGUCAUUUACAAGCGCUGGUCACCUCAGAAAAACAGAGAAUAAUAAAAAGCUUAUAUUAUAACUGGUUUUUCAAAACCCC